AUGAGCUUCGAUCACACAAAUGACCCAGGCCCAGCCCUGUCCCGGGGAAUGUGGGCGGCGGUCGCCAUUGCUGCCGUGAUUCUCGCUCUCCGCGUUUUUGCGAAGGUCAAGCUGCGCCAGUUUCGCUUGGACGAUGUCUUGAUGAUCGUGGCAUGGGCCAUGACUCUUGCAGCCAUGGUGCUGCUGCAGCAGUCCACCGACCACGGUUUCGGUACCGACCUAAGAAAACUCGAAGACGACGAUCUGAAAGUCGUACUCAAGUCGAUCGCUAUUGAAGUGCCGCUUCGCAACUACCAGAUCGCACUAUGGACGGUGAUGCUGCUACAACUUGCUGGGAACAUUGUGUCGGCCGUUCUUCCGCUGAGCAUCUGUCGCAACCCGAGGGUCUUGUGGGAUAAGACCGUCCAUACAACAUGCGGCGAUAGUGAAGCCGUGAUCAAGUUUGCCUAUUUCUCCUCUGCUGUCAAUACUGCUGCGGAUUUCUUCCUUGCUGUAUUCCCCACGAUCAUCUUCUGGAACCUUAACCUGAGACUACGAAUCAAGCUCAGUCUGAUCACUCUGAUGAGUCUCGGUCUACUUGCUAUGAUUGCAUCUAUUAUCAAGACUACCAAAUACGGCGACAUUCCCGGAAUCACCAACCUGGGCUCUCACGGCGGUAUUGAGCUCAUCCGCUGGGGCUUCGCCGAGAACCUGAUCAUCAUCAUCACCUCAUCUGUACCCUGCAUCCGGCCGCUCCUAAUUUCCUCGGUGCGAAAGAUCUCUAGCGCGGCGCGAUCCAGAUCGUAUGAAUUGAGUGGUCCGUUUUCAGGACACAAGGGUCCCUCGAGGAACAUCUCCGGCGGCCCCUAUUCCCACCAGCCCGAGCCAGACCUUCCGGACGAGGCCGAUAGCAUAGAGCGGAUCCUGCGUGGUGCGGAGGAGGAGGAGCGCAUGCGUGAGCUGCGCCGGGGCAUUACGAAACAGGUUGAUAUCUCCGUCAUGUCAGCGCAUAGCACGUCCCAGAAUAGUGGGCCAUAG